UUGACACCGACGCACAAGGCCUGUAGUCUGAAAGCUCUCUGGGCCCUGGCGAGUUGUCCCAUUUUAGCCACAUUGUCAUUGCGUACAAAGUUACAGUAUUUUGAAAUAAAAUCAAAGAAUUGUGGAGCCAUUUUAGCCGGAAACACGUUUGAUACCUUUGGACCAUGCGGUGGUAAAAGGGAGCAACAACCAGGGUGGGAUACGUGAAAGCGGAUGAGUUUUUGGACAGCAUUGUUAUAUUGCAUCUUGACUGAGUUUCAUUGAACUCCACGCAAAGGAGAAAAGAAAGCUAGCUGGCUAAUAUGCUAGCGACUAGCUGGCUAGCUGGCGGCGGGUAUCCAACCAACGUGCUAUUCACUUCCUUGUUGCACACUGGAGUGUGAUGGAAGGCGAGAAGAAGUUUGUGAGACGUAGACGGACUUUUUUUACUUCCACUUUAACACAAUAUUGUUAAUGGAUUUACAUAAUUGCACGAACGGCAACCUUACAGAAGAACUGGAUUUUAAAUUUACAAGGGCUCUCGGCCUGUGCUUUGACCAUGAAUGCGACUGUCUAGCUGUAAACAGUUAGCUAGCUAUUAGAGGCUAACGUUAGCUGGCUAAACUGACUACCAUUAGCUAGCUAGCUAGAUACCACAUCUGGGAGAUUUCCAUCCUGGACUACAAUGGUUGAGUACCGACUGAUUCUAUAACUGAACACCAUAUUGUGGAUUUUAUGCAACGGGAUAUACAGGCACAAAGUCUCAUAAAAAUAACUACUGUCGGGGGUAACUUGGGUGAACCUAAAACGAGCUUGCUUUGUAAUGCUAAUGUUAAGCUUGUGAUUAGGCUAUUUAGCUGGCUGUCUUAAUUGUGGAUUUGAUGUUGCUAACUAGCCUGUCACACAGCUAGCCCGAUGUUUUGUUCCACGACACAACAAGGAACAUAGGUAAAGUAUAUAAGGAUUAUUCUCAACGCAGCUAGGUAUAGGGCUUAUCCAGUAGAUAGAUGCCUAAUUCGGAGGUGCUUCGCGAGGCUCGGGGACGGAGCCCCUCUGCUCAGAGAAAUGCUAACCGACAGGACAGGCGUAGUAAACCAGGUAGCGGUGCCGCUGCUCAGCGAGACCGACACCGGGAGAAGAGGCGCUCAUCGGCUUCUAGGAGAAAGAAACGCAGACAGGCCAAGGGAAAAGACUUGUGCUAUACCGGUACAACAGGAGACCCUGGCAAUGACCGAAAAGGCACUUUUGAGAAAGACACAGAACUUCGGACAUUGGUGGAGUAUGAUGACGUAAGCUCCCAGUCAGAGCGAUUUUCUGGGAGCCCCUCUCCUAAACUUGACCCCCAUGCUGACAGGCUAUCAGUGGACCGACUAAGCGAUGUUGACUUUGGUGACUAUAAUGGACCAGCAUCCCCAGACAGAAGUCACCAGAGAGACCGGGAGGCAGUGUGCAUCAGCAAGGAUGAACAAACUCGGGGUCCAUCUGAGAGAAGCAAGCAAGAGAAGGAGCCAGGCAGGAAAAAGGACCGCCACAGCCGUGAGAGAGACUCCUCAAAAGCUAGGAGUGGAGGCAGCUUUAUCGGAAAUAAAAAUCACAGAGACACUACACGGAGCAAUGACAGAAAUGGUAAAAGGACAUCUACAUCUCAGUCCUUACAAUCCGGAGAUAAAAGGGAUUCAAAAAGGCAAAGUAAAACAAGAUCUGAUAAAGAGCCCCCAUCUGCCUACAGAGAUGCUCCGCAAUCUUACAGAGAUGACCGUGAAGACCUCAGGACAUACAGGAGAAGUCCUGGUUUCAAAGCAGAAAGUCCCUAUGGAACAUCAUAUUCAUAUAACUACCAGUCUCCUGGUGGUUAUAACCAGUUAGUAUCUAGAAGAAGUCCAACUUAUGGGAGCAAAAGACUCUCUCCCAGUUCCACAUAUUACAGCCGAGAUGUAGAUGGUUACGGGGCAUACAGCAUGCCAAAGUCACCCAGUUCAUACCCCAGCAACAAAAGGAAGCGAUCCCCAGCAAGCCCAGCAACCUGGCGCAGGUCCCCAAGUUAUGGCCGACACAGUCCGUAUGAACAAGGAGAGGUCAGUUCAAGUCCUUAUGGAAACCGCAAGAGAUCACGAAGUCCAUACAGAAAGUCCCUGAGCCCAAGUCCAGAUGUCAGGCGAUCUGCUCGGUCACGCAGCAGAAGUCCAUAUUCAUCCACAAGGCAUUCACGUUCUCGAAGCCGUCACCGCCACUCUCGCUCCCGCAGUCGCCCCUCUAGCCUCUCACCAAGCACACUCACCUUCAAAACCAGUCUUGCUGCUGAACUCAGUAAGCAGAAAAAGGUUAAAGCUGCAGAAGCAGCUGCCAAGGCCAAGAACUCCAGCAACACAUCUACUCCAACCAAGGGUUCCUUAUCUGCUCAUCAACCCAGCCCAAAGUCCAAUCACACAUUGAGAAAGGGCCGCCCUCCCUCUCCACCACAACCAGAGAAAGGUCCCAGAACUCCCACAUCGAGCCAGCCCCAGUCCCCCUCUGACAGGUUGUCUAAGAGGACCACUGAGCACCAGACCAGCAAGGACAAAGAUGGAAAGAGGAAAGAUGACUCUUUACACCGGAACAAAAGGAAAGCACCACCAUCUGGACUGAGCAAAGACAAGGAAAGAUCCACUGGUCCACUCAUUUCUACUCUGCCAUCCCUACCAUUGCCCCAAACAGUUCUUGAGCACAUGAAUAAAGGAGAAAGCUUGAAGGACAGCUUGCUCUCAGGGAAGAAAAAGUUAGAGAAAAAGGCCCGUCAGCUUCUUACUGACUUGCCUCUUCCCCCUGAACUUCCUGGCGGCACGUCUUCCCCGCACAGCCCACCCGACGACAAAAAGUCCCAAACAGUUCGCCGAAGACCUAAAAUUUGUGGCCCAAGAUACGGCGAGAUUAAGGAAACAGAGAUAGAUUGGGGCAAACGCUGUGUGGACAAGUUUGAAAUCAUUGGAAUCACAGGAGAAGGCACCUACGGCCAGGUGUACAAAGCUAAAGACAAAGACACUGCUGAAAUGGUGGCUCUAAAGAAGGUUCGGCUGGACAAUGAAAAGGAGGGUUUCCCAAUCACGGCCAUCCGAGAAAUUAAGAUUUUGCGACAACUCAACCACAAGAGCAUCAUAAACAUGAAGGAGAUCGUCACAGACAAGGAAGAUGCUCUGGACUUCAAGAAUGAUAAAGGUGCUUUUUAUCUUGUAUUUGAAUACAUGGACCACGACCUGAUGGGUUUGCUCGAGUCUGGCCUGGUCCAUUUCAACGAGAGCCACAUCAAGUCUUUCAUGCGACAGUUGCUUGAGGGACUCGAUUACUGCCACAAGAAGAACUUUCUGCACAGAGACAUCAAGUGCUCCAAUAUCCUGCUCAAUAACAAAGGUCAAAUAAAGCUUGCAGACUUUGGUCUUGCGAGGCUGUAUAACUCUGAAGAGAGUCGUCCAUACACCAAUAAAGUGAUUACACUAUGGUACCGUCCUCCAGAGUUACUUCUGGGAGAAGAGAGGUACACGCCGGCUAUAGAUGUGUGGAGCUGCGGAUGCAUUCUUGGAGAACUGUUCACAAAGAAACCAAUUUUUCAAGCUAAUCAGGAGCUUGCCCAGUUAGAGCUUAUCAGCCGAAUAUGUGGCAGCCCCUGCCCUGCUAUCUGGCCAGAUGUAAUAAAACUACCCUUCUUCAACACCAUGAAGCCAAAGAAACAGUACAGGAGACGGUUACGAGAGGAGUAUGCUUUCAUCCCUCCAUCUGCCCUGGACUUGUUUGACCACAUGUUAAACUUGGACCCCAGUAAACGCUGUACAGCUGAACAAGCGCUGGGCAGCGAGUUCCUCAAGGACGUGGACCCUGACAAGAUGCCCCCGCCAGAUCUUCCACUGUGGCAGGACUGUCACGAGCUAUGGAGUAAGAAACGCCGUCGUCAGAAGCAGAUGCCGGAGGAAGUGGCAGCCCCGAAGGCGCCCCGUAAGGAGCUGGGCCUCGACGACAGCCGCAGUAACACCCCCCAGGGCUUCCCUGCUCCUGGAGGUAUUAAAGCUCAGAAUGUGGCUGCUUCCACGCUGCUGGACCCUAAGGGUCCAAACUCCCAGUUAACCCAGGAGCAGCUAGCGGUCCUCCUGAACUUCCUCGGCCAGCCCAAGAGUUCGGCCACCACGGCCCAGUUGGUCCAGUCCAUGGGCUCAAAGGUCAAUCAGGAAACAUUAAAGCAGCUCUCCAAAGCCCUGGCUCCCACUGACCCAGCUGAGCCUCCCCCUCAACCCGCACCUGUCAAGCCUCCCCAGCCUGCUGCUCCUGCAGGAGUGCCCCGUACACCCCCAAUGCCCAAGCCUCCUUCGCCCCCCAUGUCUGCAGCGCCAGGUAUUCCAGAAGGAGAGGCCGCAGCUGCCACGCAGACAGCCAUGACGAUGCUGCUGGCCCAGCUCCUCCAGGCUCAGCAGGCCCAGAGGCAGGAGCAGAGUGAUGGCGGGGAGGGGGCUGAGAGCACCAACCCUGCAGGAGGAGCACCGGGGGGGCAGCCUCUACCUCCCGAGGUCAAACAGCCUCCAGCGCCCAGCCCAGUCUCUCCAGUGUCUGAAGUCGGUGGCGUGUCCAUACUGCCCCCAGACCAGAGGCCUCCUGAGCCUCCAGAGCCACCGCCACAUGCCGACCUGGACUACAGGCAGCCUCCACUUGAACCCAAGACUGGCCACGCUCCCCCUAUUACGUCUGCAGGUGGAGGUGAUGGAGGGAGACCCCCAGAGCCAGACUACCCACCUCUCCCUACCGCAGAGGGGCCUGGAUACGGCGGUGACUACAUCCAUCCACCUCCUCCACCCUUCACUCCUGCAGGGUUUGGGGACGGUUACAUGGGUCACAUGUUAGGCGGAGGCCUGCCACCUCACGCUCUGAGAGAAGUGUUUGGCGGACCUGGUCAGGCUGCCAGCUCAUCGUCUGCUGCAGGCGCUUUGGCCCCGGCCCACUCAGACCCCUAUCCUCCAGGCGCUGGAGCCACUGGACCCAGUAGCAUGGUGUUCACUGGGGACAAGGACCACCGUUUUAAGUACAAUCACAGCCCCUUACCUGUGGAGGGACAGCCUAACCCCAGUGCUAUCCACCUGUACAACCAUGCUAUGGCUAGAAAGGAGGGUGGACACCCUCCCCCACCCAUUCCAGCGCCAGGACAACCUUGGGGUUCCCCUUCCCAAGUCGGGGCUCCACCACUACCCCUCGGCUUUGUCCCACACGUGAACUCAACAGCAACAAUCAGAGGACGAGGCCUGCCUUUCUAAAUGACUGGAAAAAGGAAAAGUCGGUUUGUGACAAUGGAAAAAAAAAAAAGCUAGAGGACUCAGUUUUGAGCCUGAAGCCUCUCAGGCCAGAUCAGAGGGAUCUGGAGAUGCACACUCAGUUUGUAAUAACUUAAAUCUGUGUAAGGCAUUGUAUUCCUCCUCUCUGGAAUGUGGAGCACAAUGCAGAAGGACAGCCCAAUAACACUUGGAGGAGCUUUUUUUGCUCAUACCAUUUUCCUAUUUUUUGUAAUCUAUUCUGCUGUCUUUUAAAUUAAACUUUUACCUUUUAUUGAGUGUACAUUUAUCAGGCUGGGUACAUUUUAAAUCUCUACCUUAGCCUUUCUGUAAUUGCUCCAAGGCAGACUAGUAUUAAGGUUUUGCACUACUGACUGAUGUAGGCGGAAACUAUUUUAGGGAUGAAAGGAAAUGGAUGGUGUGGUUUAUCUGCACAAUUAGAAUAUGACCAGUAAUGUAGUGUCCUCUUUAUAAUGGCCAUGAUUAUGUAAUGGUUCAGUUGAUGGUGUAGGUAUUAGCACAGGGAGCUAUUUGAGGAAAAAGGACUGUUAGUUCCAGGCAGACUUGGAUGACAAAUCAGAUCCAAUUUCAUGGAGAAAAGGCCGUUUUGACUUUAAAUUCCACAUGCCUUUUUGCCGAUAGGUGUUCAUAGUCAUGAGCAAAACAAAAACACACAACCCAAGUUCAAAACAUCUUUUUUUUGUACAAAAAUGAUUUUGUCCCCCUCCCUGCUCCUUUGGCAAAUGUUUAUUAAAGAAAUGCCAAGAAUG